AUGCUUGCCAGCCCGGCUGGUGCAUCUGGGCCGGCGAGGCUUUCCGGACGUGUGCUGCUGCUUGCCUCUCAGCCUCCACGACCCGAACCACCGACCCGCCUCCUGGCUGCCCCGCCCUUACCUACCUACCAACCAGUAGUUGCAGCCGGCCAACGCUACCGCGGGCAUACUGUCUACUCUGGACCCGCUGCACGUAGCUGGCUGCUGCGGGCACAGCCAACCCACGCAUCGCGAUCCGCCACCCACCUGCCCUGGCCCCGCCGACGCAUCUUCUGCGUGCCUAGACGGGUGCCGCCGCCGCUGCUGCCGUGGAUCCUCUUAGUCCGCCAUCCUCGCUCGGCCCCGCCGGUUUUCAGCACCGCCACUCGCACCAGUCUUCUGUCUCAGAAGGGAGCCGCUGUCGAGCACCACGACUCGCCUCCUCCGCCGAGAUCUCAUCUGCCCCGCCCAUCCUGUGCUGCUUCGGUGGGAACGCCGGCGCGCAAUUGUCGGGACAACAAACGAGGCCAGGUGGCCCCCGGAUACCGACGCCAUCCCCGGCCACGGCAACACCCGAUCAAGCCGUGUGCACAGGAAGUCGUGCAGGCAGGCGGGCAGGCAGAUCCCAAACAAGCCGGAGCGACGCCGACAAAAGGCAAUCAAGAGCAAGAAGCGGCCCCGGCCCGUUCCACCACUCGCUCCACCACCAUCCCCCUCGAAUCCUGCACCUGCACCUGCACCUGUCCUGCCCUGCCCUGCCCUGCCCUGCCCUGCCUUGGCCCAGCCCCGACCCAGACCCAACCCCUCUUUCGACCUCGGGUCUCGACCUCGCCCGGACUCGCGGAUACACCUGGCGUUGGCAGUGCGACCGGCGCCCUAGGGCACAGCCUUCCGUCACCCAGGAGGGUCCGCAUCGAUCCGCGCCCUCGUUGCGCCGAGCAGGCGCCGCGCUGA